CUGGUGUGAUAUUAACGCUCAUGUUGGAGUGUUUUCUGUGUGUGUGAGAUUAACCCAUGGUGCACACUUGAACCCUUUAUGAUGAUUGUAUUCUAUACAUUAAUAUUGAAGCCCCUCCCCUUCAGUAAUUAAGUCCCCUUUGUGCAGCUCGUUAAUAAAAUGCUGAAUUUUAAUUCGUUGUGAGCACGAGGAGAACGGUCUCACCCUCCAACACAGGAAGGUCAAUUGACAAAUUUCCUUUUAUAGAAGCCGAGAACACAAAAGCUGUGACUCUCUUCCUGUAAACAGUUCCUCUAUAUGGCUGAGAGAGAGACAGGAGGAGACAGACAGGGAGAGAGACAGCUCGCUCGUGUCUGACCUGCAGUGAAACAGGAAGAGGAAAUGUUUCUGUUCCUCUCCACCAAUCAGAGCAGGACAGGAAGUGAGUGAUGGGGAAACCCUGUCUCUCACACACACACACAGGUUUUUCCCUUUAAUGGUAUGUGUAAGAUUCACAUCAGGCCUCGGUGUUAGAGAGCCACAGCGCUGAGGGAGUGAGGACGAGCUGCACAGGGACACAGAGGGAGGGAGAUGGAGACACUUUAAUAGGUUGCUGUGUGAAGCCCUGUGACUGCAGGUGUGUGUAUGUGUGAGUGAGUGAGUGAGUGAGUGAGUGAGUGUGUGUGUGUGUGUGAUGUGUGAUAACGGAGAGUUGGAAGAUAAACCCCCCGCCCCCCCGGUCAGGAUGAGCAGCAGCAGUAAAGACGGCGUCCCCAAACCGCUGCCCUCUGUCCCCGAGGAGAAAAAACCACGCAAAGGGAUCUACUCCAUCUUCUCUGCUGAGAAAGCAGGGAAGCGUAAGGAUAAAGAUAAAGAGAGGCCAGAGAUCUCACACCCCUCAGACUUUGAGCAUACGAUUCAUGUCGGGUUUGAUGCUGUGACGGGCGAGUUCACUGGAAUGCCAGAGCAGUGGGCACGGCUCCUCCAGACCUCCAAUAUCUCAAAGUCGGAGCAGAAAAAGAACCCACAGGCUGUCCUCGAUGUGCUCAAAUUCUACGACUCAACCGGAAACGGGAAGCAAAAAUACAUCAGCUUCAAAGAUAAGGACACUCCCCCGGUGAAGAAGGGGUCGGAGCCGGUACCUGGUGGUGUUAAAGAUGAUGAUGAUGAUGAUGAUGAUGAAGCCCCGCCCCCCGUGGUGGCUCCUCGGCCUGAACACACCAAAUCAGUUCUCACUCGUCCGUCGAUGAUCGACCCUCUUCCUCCUCCAGAUGCCUCCAAAGCUGCAGAUAAACAGAAGAAAGGAAAAGGAAAGAUGACGGAUGAGGAGAUCAUGGAGAAACUGAGGACGAUAGUGAGUAUCGGAGACCCGAAGAAGAAAUACACAAGAUACGAGAAGAUCGGACAGGGUGCAUCUGGUACUGUGUUUACUGCCAUUGAUGUUGCUACAGGACAGGAGGUGGCUAUAAAGCAGAUUAACUUGCAGAAGCAGCCGAAGAAGGAGCUGAUCAUUAAUGAGAUCCUGGUGAUGAAAGAGCUGAAGAACCCCAACAUCGUCAACUUCUUAGACAGUUUCCUGGUGGGGGAGGAGCUGUUUGUGGUGAUGGAGUAUUUAGCCGGUGGCUCGUUGACUGAUGUUGUGACAGAGACGUGUAUGGAUGAAGCUCAGAUCGCUGCUGUGUGCCGAGAAUGUCUGCAGGCGCUUGAGUUCCUGCAUGCUAAUCAAGUGAUUCACCGAGACAUCAAAAGCGACAAUGUGCUGCUUGGCAUGGACGGCUCUGUUAAACUCACGGAUUUCGGGUUCUGCGCUCAGAUCACCCCGGAGCAGAGUAAGCGCAGUACAAUGGUGGGAACGCCGUACUGGAUGGCCCCUGAGGUGGUGACGCGCAAAGCAUAUGGACCCAAAGUGGACAUCUGGUCUCUGGGUAUCAUGGCUAUAGAGAUGGUGGAGGGAGAACCACCGUACCUCAAUGAGAACCCACUGAGGGCCCUGUACCUCAUCGCUACUAACGGAACUCCAGAGCUGCAGAACCCUGAGAAACUGUCUCCCAUCUUCAGAGAUUUUCUCAACCGCUGUCUGGAGAUGGACGUGGAGAAGAGAGGGAGUGGCAAAGAGCUGCUGCAGCACCCGUUCCUGAAGUUGGCGAAGCCUCUGUCCAGUCUCACACCCCUCAUCCUCGCCGCCAAGGAGGCCAUGAAGAGCAACCGCUAAUCCUGGACACGCCCCACCCCACCCCACCCCCUGCUCUGUGUGUGUGUGUGUGUGUGUGUGUGUGUGUGUGUGUGUUAUCGUAUAUACACAACCAAACUGCUGCAUGGCCAGAUGUGAGCGUGUCAUCUUAGCAUACACACUGUGUGUGUGUAUUUGUUGCCAUGGAAACACACAUCUGAUUAUUUUAUUAUUAUUAUUAAAGUACACAGACUCAACGGUGUGUGUGUGUGUGUGUGUGUGUGGCCGCUGAGUUGGUUCGACAGUGUUACCAGCAGAGGAAAAGGGGAACAGUGCAGUGAGACAGCGGUAAUCAGGGGCUGAUGGAGAGGGUUUAACUCAGAGAGCAGCUGCAGCCAGCAGGGGGCACUAAAGAGUCAGAUUACAGUGAUGUCAUGACUGAAGGUGUGAUGGAGUGCAGAACCACAAACAUGUCAAAUCUGAAUAAAAAUAAAAGAUUCUGACGGGAAACUGCGCCGGUUUCUCUCAGGAGCUCUGCACGGCAACGAAAGCUCUGCUAGAAACCAAAAUCACCCGUAGCAUUAUAAAGCGUUUCACGGGAGGGGGGUGGAGUUGAGAAACCGUAACCCCGCCCCUCACUCCUAUUGGUUGGUGACAUAAAUUUUGCAUACAGGUAAACAUCUCGAAACAUUUUUUCUGGCCCCACCCAGUUUACAUAACUAGUAUUGGCCCCGCCUUCUGUAACUGAAGGUUCAGCAGUUGCCAUAGAAAUGGAAGAUUUACUGGAGCUGAAAGUUUUUGAGUUAAAUGUUCAAUUCAGACACCGAGGAGUAAAACCUGUUAGAGUGAGCGCUCCUUUAAGGUUCUAGAACAGUGCAGCCAGAAAGGCCACUCUGUGUGUGUGUGUGUGUGUGUGUGUGUGUGUGUGUGAGAGAUUCCCGUUCCCAAUAAAAGCAAAAAGCGUUUUUCUUUCAGUAUUAACUGAAGUAGUAAACACCUUCAAUGUGGUGAUUAAAAAGAAAACAAAUCCACAAACUGUAAGAUUGAUGAGUCUCCUCAGUAAUAAAUCUCGUUCUUUCUCAUGAUUUUUGUUUUUCAUCAUCGCUGUUGCCAUGGUUACGUCAGAUCUUUUUUAAAAUUCCUAUUUCUAUGGAAAUUCAUUAUUAUUAUUAUUGAGAGCAUUCUUGAGCGCCACCUGUCGGGCGUCCUCUCAUGUAGCACGAUGUCCUCUGUGUCUCUGAGUUUGGUGAAUGGAGGAGGUUGUGGACUUUUCUUUCUUUCUUUCUUUCUUUCCCAUGCUGUCUGUGUGAUCUUGUGUUCAGAGUCUAAUAAAUGUAAGAAGCGGUUUUGUACAUGAUGUAUCUCCAUCAGCACAACAGGAACCAGGAGGUUUUUCACUCUGCUUAUUUUUUAUAUUUAUGUACAUUUAUAACUAUUUUAUAUUUUCCAACUAACAAUCUGAGAACUGCAAAUUAAACCUCUUUAAUCGUUGAUUUACAAA